CGGUAUUAGAGUGUUACACGCAAAGCUGUAGAGUUUCCGGCCAGCUCAGCGCGUUGCUCCUGUUGUGUUGUCACUUUACUGCCUGUCAAACAAACAGCGGCUCCAGCUAGCUGAGAGGUUUUCUCGGGUCGUGGAGGAACAGCAGGACAUUCCGGAGAGAUGGUGCUGCUGACGAUGAUCGCUCGGCUGGCAGACGGGCUGCCGCUGGCCGCUUCAAUGCAGGAGGACGAGCAGUUGGGUCGAGAUCUUCAGCAGUAUCAGAAUCAAGCUAAGCAGCUCUUCAGAAAACUCAACGAGCAGAGUCCCACACGCUGCACUUUAGAGGCCGGGCCCGUCACGUUUCAUUACUUUAUAGAGAAAGGCGUUUGCUACCUCGUGCUGUGUGACGCCGGCUUCUCCAAGAAGCACGCCUUUGCUUACCUGGAGGAUCUGCAGGCAGAGUUCCAUGAGCAGCAUGGAAAGAAAGUUCCCACGGUCUCACGUCCAUACUCCUUCAUCGAAUUUGACACCUACAUUCAAAAAACCAAGAAGUCGUACAUCGACAGCCGAGCACGGAGGAAUCUGGGUAGCAUCAACACGGAGCUGCAGGACGUCCAGAGGAUCAUGGUGGCAAACAUAGAGGAGGUUCUGCAGAGAGGAGAGGCUCUCUCUGCGCUCGACUCCAAGGCCAGCAAUCUGUCCAGCUUGUCAAAGAAGUACAGGAGUGAUGCCAAAUACCUGAACACCCGCUCCACCUACGCCAAGCUGGCAGCAGGUGGCGUCUUUUUCAUCAUGCUCAUCGUCUACGUGCGCUUCUGGUGGCUCUGAGAGAGGAAGAGGGAGGAGGUAGUGAAGUGGAAACGAGCUGCAGGCCGUCUGCGAGUGCUGAGAAAAAGCAGCACUUUCGACCCAAAAGGAUCCCUGCUCUUAAUGAGACUUUACACACACGCACACACACACACACACACACACACACACACACAAGCACUCAUUUUGUCCUUAAUUGUCCGUAUGUGGGUCUGAAUAGCAACGGUGUCAUGAAACAAUGUUUUCUAAUUAACAGUCAUUCUCUAUCUAUGGCCCUCGGAUUGUAGAGGAAAUUAGUGUGUGUGUGUGAGAGUGUGUGGGUUGCCUGUUUUUGAAUGUGAUUUCUGUGCAAAGGUAGAGAAAAAAUUUAUUUCCUGUUUUGUUCAUUAACCUUCUGUAUGUCUAAGGAUACAGAUAAAGGACACAAACCACAUCAUUAUUUUCCUUUUUGCUCCUAAUCUCAUAAACGUGCAUAACGCGUCCGAUUCAUCACUAAAUUAUCUCCGCUGUAAUUUAGGCACAAACAUUUGAGGCAGAUUUCAUUUAAAGUAGUGUUUGAACGGUUCACAAAUACAACUAUCUGUUUUAUUUACCUUUAUUGUGAUGAGACAGGAUGUGACAUCAGACGUUAUGCAGUGACUCAGAAGGGGCGAGCAACCGAAGGUGGUUCAUCUCAACCCGUUCCCAGCUUUUACCCACAAGAUAAAAAUAAGUUUCGCACGCGUCUGACAUGAAGAGGCUUAUUAAUGCACACCGACGACAUCAACCCUGUUUCCUUAUCUUUGCUUCCUGUUUGUAAGCUAAGGGACGUGUUUAAUAAAACCGUGUCAUCAUUUCUCUCACAUUUAAGUCUUUGUUCAAAGUUGAAGUGAAAAUUUACAAUCUCCUUAUUUACAGGAAGGUAGCUGGAUUAUUCAGCAUUUUAUGUUUACUGUACGUUAAAGCAUAUUCACUAGUAGUGCGUUGGUUGCUAUGACAUUCAUUUGAUCUUUGAUUGCACCUUUCAGCAGAAACGCUGUUGGUUGAGUUACUGGCAGCCCUGAGCUACAGGCUCACAGAAAACAUCCAGAACUACUUUAAUGAAAACAGCUUCACACAUUUUUUAAACUGCUUUUACAUUUAAGCUACUUUAAAUGAUUUAGAGGUUUGUUGCUCCUGUUUUGUGAUCAUUUCUCCUUCGUUUGCAGGAAACUUUUAGAAAUGGCCGUUUCGGCUUUUCCAAAAAGUUUUAUUUUUCUUUGCGACUUCUUUGUGUGUUUUCAGUUAAAGUCCUUCACCUCUGGUCCUAGGUAACGCGUCUCUAAAUCUGUUCUAUAAUGUGAUUUUCUUGGUUGUAUGCAGCUGAGCAUCCUGAAUCAAACACUCUGUGAACUGGUUUCCACUAAAAUCUGGUUUGGUGAAAGUUUGUUUACAGGAAAAAGUAUAUUUCUUGUAAAUGAAGGAUGCCAGUAAUUCUGACUAUGUCUGUGUGGGAAAACAAAUCCUAAUUCUUUUGUUUAGUAACAUUUAACCAAUAAUCUGAGCUGGAUGGAGUAUUCUUUCACAAUAACAUACAAGGCCGUUUUAUCUGUUAGAUCUGAUUUAAGACAUUCAAACAUGAAUUCAGGCGUGAGUCUUUGUUCUUGUUUGUCAGAGAGAACAUCUGUUUCUGUUCUGCAUAUGAAUAAAAUCAUUUGCACACGCA